AUGCCACCACACACCGACGCUACGAGCAUGGCGGCUCCCGUCGAUGCCUCGCAGCAGAAAAAUCCAUUUCCAGAGUUUCAGGUGGUUGUUCUAGCCGGAGGCAGCGGUUCCCGUCUUUCUUCUCUACUCGAUGCACAUGGUGCUCCUGGUGCGGCCUCAUGCAAGGCAUUGCUCCCCGUGGCGAACAGACCCAUGAUAUGGUAUUGCCUCAGGAACCUGCAAGAAGCUACAUUUGGUGAUGUUAUUGUGGUAACACAAGCACAGCAGCAGGCAGAGCUGUCAGCCUACUUGCAGCAGGAGUUCCGCAGCUCUUUUCGACGUCUCGAAGUAGUAGGCCUCAAGUGCACGCGUCGUGGGGAGGAUGAAGAUGGAGAGGAUAGCUCAUGUGGGGGGAACAGGCGCCGCUCAGUCGACGCCGCCGACGACCCUGAUCAAAGGGUAUGCGGAACAGCAGAGGCGUUGCAGCAGAUUCGCCAUCUCAUUACAACCGAUUUCAUUGUUUUGUCGUGCGACCUUAUUGGCCAUGUGGACUUUUUCGCGCUAGCAAAUAAACAUCGUGUUGAGGGCGCAGCCUGUACAGUUUAUUUGAUGCCGCGCGACCCGUUUGCUGAACCGACGCCUGCGCCGGCGAAAGGGAACGGAGAUGGCAAAAAGUCAAAAGGAGCUCAACAAGCAAAGGUAGACACAAGCAGAGGAAACCCUGUGACGGUGGUUUUGGAUGACUCACGUGUUCAACUUCUGGCACUUCAGGACAGACACAGCAUGAUCCACGGCAGCUCCUUGCAGGUUUCCAAGCUGCAUCUCUUCCUCUACCCGUCUCAGCACCUAUUGCCCGAGUACUACGAUCCGCAUGUCUACGUCUUUGCACAUGCCACGCUCAAGAUCCUGGACCAGCCUUCCCUGCGUCACAGCCUUUACUCGAUUCGUUUUGACCUCGUACCAUACAUGAUCACUAUGCAGAUGACCCACGCAGCACAAGUCUGGUCCGACAGUCGGCUAGAGUGUGACGUGUUUGAGAGGCAGCUGGGAGCUCUUCAGCGUCAAGGAGUGGAAGAGUUUACCUCAACUUCGUUAACGGCCACUUCAGCGACGCACGAAUUGCCAUCAGAAAGCGGCUUACCAGUCUUAUAUACUGCAGCCAAUCCCCCGCCUCGGCCAGCCAAGGGUAACCGAGUAGUUUGUUGUAUGCAUCCAGACUCUGCGGGGAUCUGCUGCCGUGUUAACAACCUUAAUGAUUACCGCGAGAUGAACAACAAGUUCUGUUGCGGCCGGUUGGACGAGUUACGAGCCGUUCUUCCUGACUGGGCCCUUCCCGAACACAACCCUAAGAAGCCUGGCAGCAUGCGCGACUGUGUCCUAGCGGAUGGUGCCAUGUUGGAGGCAGACGUUGUGGUAAAGAGGAGCGUUGUGGCUAAGGAUGCCACGCUGCGCUCGGGCUGCAAGGUGACUCAGUCAAUUCUCAUGAGCGGAGUAGAGGUUGGACCAAAGGCUGUGCUCCAGCGUGUUAUUCUUUGUCCUGGCGCAAAGGUUGGAAAGGACUGCAAACUCGUAAACUGUCAAGUUAGAGGUGGCUUCUGCGUACCAGAUGGAACGAUUGCGGAGGACACGACUUUACCUUCCUUUACUGAUGGAGUGGAUUUUACAGCUUUACACCUGUGA